AUGUCCCGGUCCUUUAGCUUUUCGGUUGCUGAGCAUUGGCCUCGGCGCUCCAUCACGUCGCUGCCUCGCGUCCUCAAUGCUGACCUCAAGACCAUCCGGUGGCUGGAUAUUGUCCGCGGCUUCCUGACCGAGCAGAUCGUCACCGCAUGCCCCACCAUUCUCCAGCACUCAGACGUCUGA